CGUCCGUGCACGCUUCUGGAAUCGCUGGCAGCGCGAUCGUGCUCGAAUUAACAGCCUUUUCGUUGUCGUGACACGUUGUUGUAGUGGUUGAAAGUUCGCUUGGCGCGCGCUGCUAGGCUUUUUCGCGCUCGCGUAGCAGUACCUGUUGCGUCGCCUUUUGCGAAGCGAUAUCGGAGCACGUGCUGCCGUACGAGCUUCGCAUUUUAUUGCGAUCAGUGCCAGAUAUUUCGUUGUUGCGAGCCGUCCGCGUUGCGGGUGGUGUGCCCUGGAGGCCGCGCCGAAAGCGGUGUCAAAAGUUACUUGCGGGGCAUAACCCCGCCGCAACCGAGUUCGUCGAAACGAGCGAGCGGGCGGGCGGGCGGGCAAGCGUGCGUGAUCGCUUUUUACUUUGAUUUGUUGAUCCUUACUAUUUGAAACACGUACGACGACGCGCCGCUGGUUUCGCACGCUCCCGGUCUCCCUGACCUAUUUGGAUUUGGCAACUUUGGUGCAUAAGGUUUUGAAGAAGAGUGUGUUGUCGCCGACUGCGACGGAGCUGCGGAGAUAAAAAUAAAAAAAAGUGCGAAAUAAAAGCGACACGACUUGUGCAAUUACGCGAAAAGCCGGCGGCGGUGCCACAAGUGCGUAGUACACGAGUACGCGUUCGUCGCGAACCUGAACCUAGGUGACCCGUGCCGUUCGACGCGUCGUACGCGACCUCGGCGCAUCUCUUUUUUGCUGGCGUUACGUUGAGACGGCUGCUCUCAGCAAGCUGCGGCUGGUAACUAACCACCCUGUCGUCAGCCCCAGACCAUGAAUGAUCCGGAACACAGCCAAGGGUCCGGACGGUUGGGACAAGCCACCGGCAGCGGCCAAGCCUGCAGGUGGCCCAGAGCCACCACAAGGCAUGGCUGCGGUGGCGACACCUAGGGGACGACCUAGCAACGAGGAGCUGCUGCGCAAGCCGCCCCAGGAGAUCCUCCGCUGGCUGCAGAAGGUCGAAGCGGAGAACCUCAAGCUCAUGUACGACCAUGGUGCGAUGAUGCAGGAUGUCAACCGCCGCAUGCAGGUGCACCUGAUGGAGAUCCGGCAGUUGCGCGAGGUGAACGAGCGGCUGCAGCGCGACAGCCAGGAACUGCGCGAUCUCUGCUGUUUUCUGGAUGACGACCGGCAGAAGGGGCGCAAGCUGGCCCGCGAAUGGCAGCGCUUCGGUCGCUACACGGCGUCCGUCAUGCGCCAGGAGGUGGCCGCCUACCAGGGCAAGCUGCGGGGCCUUGACGCGCGACAGCAGGACCUCAUCCGCGACAACAUCCAGUUGAAGGAACUCUGCCUCUAUCUGGAUCAAGAGCGGUCGCAGACGCUCUGCACAAACUGCGGAGGCGUUCUGCCCGAGGGUCGACGUGACGAUGGCGACGGCAGCUCGUCCUCGACCAUCACCACUCAGGAUGAGCUUCCUUCCCCUUUGCCUUCUUCCCCACCUCCACGACCCUCACCUUCGCUGCCUCCCGUGCCUUCCAGUGGCAUACCCAAUGGCACGGCGAACGGCCACGUGCGACCGCCCUCCGUUGUCCCAAACGGAAGUCGGCUGCCCAGCCGGAGCCAGCCGCCCAUGAGAACGCCUGCCAUCAAGGAGGCGAUCCAUCGGCAUAGAACCGUCAUCAAUGAGCAAGUCUUGCGGUAUAUCCGGAAUUUGGAGAAACGCAUCGAGAUUCUGGAAGCUGAGAAGGGAAUCGUCAAAAACAUUCCUCAUGAGGAAGUUCUGCAUAAGCCACCGCAGCAGCCACAGGGAGGGCUCGAUAAAAAGUACCAAAGUGGAAUUCCACGUGCUCCUCAAUAUCGGAAACCUGAAGACACUGGUCACAUUCUGCCGCCACCCGUGUCACACGGCACCGGCAAAAAUACCUCAGAUAACACGGAACCAUAUGUGGGUGUGGCAAGGCCGGAGGCAGUGGUACAUGCCAUGAAGGUCCUUGAGGUUCACGAGCAACUCGACAAGGCUUUGGACAGUGAGCUGGAGUAUGAAGAACUUGCUGAAGGAGAGAAGGCACUUGUGCGCGAAAUGUGCAAUGUUGUCUGGCGGAAACUUGAAGAUGGGCCAGUAUGAUGCAACUGCAACAGUGUUGUCAAGGCAUGCUGAACUUCUUGCCGUGCAUCCGAUUUCGGCGAGUCUUUGAUUGCUGUGGUUUGGGCUGGAAUGUCGGGCCAGUGCCAUGUGUGGCCGUGCUGGUUCCUGUCACUGCAAUGUGCUACAGUGUCCUUAUUGUUGAGCAUCCAUGAACUUCCAUUGUGAAAGUUUUUGUUUGAAAACUUAGCAGGUUUGUCGUAAGAACGUUUGUUCUUUGAUGGGAAUGCACAUGUCCAAUUGCCGAUAUCGUGUGGCUUCUAUGCACAUUUAGAAGAACUUUUUGCUGGGCGAGUUGGUGCAUGGCUGUUUUAGGAAGAGUUGCGCCUAAGAACGAACGAACACAAAAAAAGACGAGGUAGAUACAUGUGCAUUAUGUUUUAAUUAUGGCCAUUGACAGUCUUCAACAAAACUGCCGCCAGGAGCGUCCUUCCAAUUUGCUGGACUGCCACCUCCAUCAUCCAUUGGCCCGUGAAGUGCAUAUCGCUGUCAUCUAUUCGAUGACGUGCCAUCUACAACUGUUAGCACAGCGCACAUAUUUGGAGCUCUGAAAUUGGUUUUGCUGCAAGAAGACACUACAAUGGGCUGACACACAAAGUGGUCGCCCACCUCCUUUGUGUUUGGAAACUCACAUUUUAUGAGUUCCUAAAAUGCGUUGAACAUAUUAGACCGUAAUGUAUUUUGGAAACGCAUUUCCAGAGUUUCCAAAACAUACAUGGCAUGGGUUUUAGAAACACUUUGAACAUAUUUUCAAUUGCACUUUCUGCAAUGUCUCCCCAAUGCAUUUUCUAUGUGUUUCCAAAACAUGCAGUGAAAUGUAUCCAAAACGUGUUCUAAGCACAGUGAACCUGUGUUUCUGAACACAUCUUCCUCUAGAUCAGCGAAGUGGAAAACACAUUUCCUCUGCGGAAUUCGAGAGUUGGUUCUGCACGUUUCACCACCCUAACACAGAGCACAUGAAACCUCCCUAAUUAACGUGUUCCUCAUCCUUGUUCAAGUUCUUCAGUUCAGGAACUACUUCAUCAUCAUUGCAACCCUCCCCUUCCAGCCACCAACUUCGGUCUUUCAGUCUUGCAUUGUACAUUCUGUUUCAAGCAUAGCAGGCAACUUUAUGAAGUUUAAGAAGGAGUUCUGUCACCGCAUGCAUUCGUGACCUAAACUACUGUGUCUUACAUGAAUCAAUGCACGAAUUAUAUGAAUGAACGGUGUAUGUACAUGCGAUGUGAUUCUGUGUUAUAUUGUCUCAUACACUUGGGCUGCAAUUCUAAUGUAAGCUGAGGUUUUUUUUCCCAGAGUCACUAGCCUCCAAGUCCACCCCCUGCCUUAAAUGCAAGGCUGAUAGAUUCAGUUACAUCCAAAUUUUAGAUUGCAAUGCAAAUCAUAUCGCUAAACCUUGGCAAGUGAGACAGUACCAUAUUAUUGCACACUUAAACCUGCACCGGUUAUUGUAAUUACUCGGUAUUUCGAGCAAAUCCCACCGAGUCUAAAUAAUGCGUAGGCUACUCUAUCGCCUUAUUGUAUUAGUGUGCAUACUGAUGUUUUUUGUCAGCUGCACCUUUGCCUUAUAAUCUUGUAACGCCUUAUAAAUCAAAUCAAUACAAUAUGUAACGAUUAUUACGUGGUAGGAAUUCCCAAUUUGAAACUAUUUGCCAACAGCCCAGAGAAGCGGCGUGUUUCUAUGACCAUUGACCAUGGCGCACCACUUGUGCCCAGUAGGUAGUCCUGGAAGCACAAUGGCACACAAAUUAUGUACGAUCUGACAUGAUCCCAUGUGCACACAUUGCAGUAGUAACAUAUGAAGCGGUUAUUCUGAAGAAAGCACCGCAGAUCGAAAAUCAGUGCACUGCGUAAUGCACGGAGUCAGAUUUCUGUGACUGCACUAUUUGGAGAAUUAUCGUGGCUUGCCUGCUAAGCAGGAAAGGAGUACUACUGUUCUCUCAUUCAUUCUGCGCUCUUAAGUUUCAUUCAUGCAUUCCCCCUUGGCCACUAUUUUCAUAACUUUGGCCAUCUUUCCGUCCUUCUCAUCACAAAUGCUUGCGAUUAGUAUAAUUCUGCGCAAGCAAAACCGCAACAGUCAUGACCAUCAAAAAUGACGGUGGCGAGCAUUCAUAGAUAUAUCCUUCGUUGAACUUAUUCAUCAUCUAUUGUGCCGUCUUUCCUUUUGCUCUUUGUUAUGUUUACCUAAGAUAUUGAUUCUUGUGAGCUCAGGCACAACUGAUCCUCUUAUCGGCAUACAAGUAUUGUUACGUCAUGCUCUCUUUUUAAAAGAGUGCUGCUUGAAGCAGUAGCUGGAAGAAUCAAAACACAAGCAAUCUCUGCAUAUAUUUUUCUCCUAUUUACACCUCUGCACUUUGUUAUUCUUCACCGCAUCUUCUCGCGUUUUGAAAACAUGUUAUGAAAAACAUUAGCCACUACGUCAGGAUGUUUUCUCACAAGGACUGAAGUGCAUUUCGUUCUACUCGUAUGAUAGCGCAGUAGCGUUCCAGCUUUUGCUUGAAGUUCUUUAGGAUUAUUUCCGAGAUGUCCUGUAGGACUGCGCCAUCACAUCGCUUUUAAUAGUAUUAUAUUUUUGAAUGCUAUUUCUGUUUGAUUCAUCUUUUGUAUGGAAACAGUUGUAGAAAACUAUCAGUCUAUUUCAAUAGGGUGAAACCCAGUUACAAUGAACUCAAGCACAGUGAGGUGUGUCAUACAUUGAACAACCUGAACAUUCUUAGGUUUUAAGUACCAAAUUCAUUGCUUAUAUUCAAACUGUGUGUUGUAUGUAUCAACCUCUUUUGAUGACUCACUGUUAGCACCAGAAAAGAUCUUGCUUGCCUACUGUUGGUAUUGUAGUAGUUGUAUUUUGAGCAUGGUCUUCACCGACGAUACAUAAAGCGGGGGAACACUGUGAAGACACCCGUGUGCUUAGAUUUACGUGCACAUUAAGGAACCUCAAGUAGCCAGAAAUAACCUGUAGCCCUCCAAUUGCUAUUUGUAUGAUAGUACAGUUAUUUUCACAUGUAGCCCAAUUCUCCUUCCAAAUUUAUUUCACCCAUUUAUGACGUGCGAUAACUUCGCACACUGGUGAGCUGUUGUCACUGCAGGCUAAAAAAUGGCUACCGGCAUCUUAAAUCAUGUGAAAUUUCAAUUUUAUUCAGUCAUAGAGCCUGUGUGCAAGAACAUUGUUCCCACUUAUGAUCCUUACGUAAAGCUGUUCCUCUGAAUUGCUGAAUUGUAUUCAUGCAUGGUGCAUCUUAUUCCUGCAUUUAAGGGAGGCCUAGUUUCUCUUUUUUAAUUUUUCCAUUUGAUUUCAUUCCAUUUUCAAUUCCAUUCCAUGUAAUGUUUCUGUCAUAUUUGUUUUAUUAAUGUUUACAAUGAAUUUAUGAUCAGUGAUCAAAAAUCUAAAUGUACUCUGUUCAGAAUAUGUUCAAGACACUGGACAAAUUGAACAAAUUUUUAUAUUUGACCACUUCUUCGUUGUCCGGGGGUUUGGCCAUAUUCUCUAUGAAACAUACCAAUCAAAUUCUAUGGAUGACUGGCAUAAAAAUGCAACAACAUUGACCCAAAUCAUGUAGGCCUAUUCAUGGAAAUUUGAGGCUGUAGCAUCAUUCCAUGUGAAAAGUAUUAUACACAACAUUUCUGGGCACAUCAGCUUUCCAUGAAUCACGUUUUUUUUUAAAUGUAAGUGGGUUUGGCUUCGUUACCUAUGAUGUGUACAAAAUUAAUCUUUUUUACAAGUGUAAAUGGCAUGAAAAUGCAAUAACAUUUGCCCAAAGCAUGUAAGCACAUCACUAGAACUUAAGCUGCAUAGCAGCAUCUGAUUGUAAAAGUAUUAUACAUAAUGAACUUUUCCCUUUUAUGUUUGUUACCACCUGUAAAAAAGAAAGAUCUCUCGUGAUUUGAUGUGAUGAACUCGUUAUAUUUUGCUAUCAAACCUGACCAGACACACCAUCGCUGACCAAAGUUUGAGCAUGGCAAUUUUAUGUUUUUUGUGCAUUGUUUUUUAUUAUUCCUCUGAGACAGCCACAAAGGUUCUAGGGAUUUUAUCGCCCAAUUUGUUUUCUGUCAGUUGCCGAAAAGUGCCUUGCCUUUCUAGGCGUUUUGUGCCCAACUUGAAUCCAGUGUAAAUAUAUAGGUUGUGAACUCCUCUAUAGGCAAAUGUUUGGAAGGUAGCGGAAAGAAAACAACCAGGGUAUUUGUAGCUGUUCUGUCAAGGAGGUGUGUUGUCUCAUAGCGGCGACUGAUCGUGUUUGUUUGUUUUUUAACCAGAAGAGGGCGUUGAGAUGCUCGCGAGUGCCAUUAGAAGAAAGACAAAGCCUGCACGAUUCUCAGCUGGAAAUGCAUCGUCUCGGCCCUGUGUUGUCAAGCACAGUGUCUUUUUCGAGCCGACGCCGAAUGCAUUCCAUCUUGUAGCAACUAGAGAAGGUGACCUAGACUUCUUUUUUUACACAUUGCAGCAGUUGACGGGUGUUUUGUUAGACACAUCUGCUCACGCAAAUGUGCUGAUGAGGCUGAUGAAAGUAGGAUAAUUUGGUACUAGGUGAGGGGUAGGCAACAGCUUCUCUCUAAGAAGAGUAUACUGUUCUUCAUUGAGAACCAAGGAAGCGCGACAUUGAGGCCACUUUGUGUCGAUAAACUCGGAACAAGAAGAUGAGCAAGUGUAUGUCUUUACAGUUGUCUAAAUGCUUUGUGUAGACAACUAUGAAGUUGACGGGCUGUUGCAGAUUGUGACAAAUUCAGUGAACUACUGUUCAUCGACUACAAAGUGUGCAUUGUCGGCUUACCGGUUAGUGCCGACCUGCAACUUAAAGCUGCAGAAAUUAGGGUAAAACAAUGCUCUGUCAAAGCUUAGAGAACAAAUGGUUAGGGGCAGUGGUGUAGGCUGGCAUAUGUAAUACUGGCGUCACGCAUACACUUCCAAUCACGAUCGGGACUCAUCCGGAUCGCAUUUUUUUAUCGCUGCUACACGGUCCGACGAUCCAGAUCAAAUUGAUGUCAUCAUCUGAUCGUUGGCGACUCGCAGAACUGCAUAAUGCUUUGGCUAAAAACUUAGAUUUGCAAAAUAUGGUUAAACUUUGGUAAUAUUUCAAUUUUACAGCUUACUGUUGCUGAUAAGUUUUUAAAUGUUCUUUUUUUUUUUAAUUAUUGAGCUGCCUUCACUUGUUCUUAGCGUUUUCAGAAUACUGUGCUAGAGGGUGCAGGCAUCAGCCUGCAAUCAUGACCGUCCAGAUCCCGCAGGAUCGCGAUUGCAAAUUACCGUGUAGUAACACGAUCCAGGUCCAGCUUAAUGUGCAUCAACCCCAAUCGCAAUAAGUGUACAUGUGACACCGGCAUAAUGUAAGAGGCAACAAAGAAUUGGGGGUAGGCUUCUACUCAACCCCGUCAUCUGCUGCACUGUUUGUGUAUGUACGGUCCAAGAGAACUAAAAUAUUGCCGUUUCUUUUUCAUUUCUGUGGAGUUUAGUAGUAGAUUGAAGGGAUUCUGGAGGACCUUUCUUAGCAUCGUGGCCAUAAGUGCUGCCUGAUACCGUUUGAAGUGGCCUCAAACCAUUCAAAUAACUGGUGAAUACUGCAAUUUCUGGACAAAUGUCUCAUUUCCCUUCAUGGCACACUAUUUCAAGAACACAACAGUGCUUACGAGUGCUAAAUACAUGUUUGUACUGCUGUAUCACCGAGAAUUGUAAAAAAGUUGUAUUGGUAACAGCGGCGUUGUGGCAACAAACUCCUCUGUGCAGUAUUUUGCACUGAAGUUUGAUACCAGCUUAUUACGGUGCCCGAAGCGGCGAUAGUCUGAGACAGAAGUCUAGUGUCUGCAUGUUGUAGUAGGCUUUGCAAGAGGAAGGUUUUCUGGAAACGGACCCUUUUGAAAACUGUUAAGUUGCCUUUCUAGCACGCUAGAGAGAUGUUAAGUAUAAAGUUAUAUCAAUGUGCAUGCAAAGUGACCUCGAGAGCAUCCUCAAAGAAACGAUGACACCUCACACUUCGCCAUCAUAUUAAAAAGAGAACAGUAACAAAAAUUAAGUCAAUUGAGUUAGGUUAAUCUAUAACUCUAAAUUAAGAAAUUAUUGCUCGAAAGAAAAUUCACCACUGCAUCAGAGACCAACACUUUUGUAAACUAGACGACAUAGGCGCAAGAGCUAGGAUUGGUCCCACUAUUUUAGAAAUACAAAGCCAGCUUUUGCUGACACAAAUAAUUCUGUCAAUAAUUUGUCAGUGCCAGAAGGGUUUGUGUAACCUUAAAAAUUAAAACUUAGCAUUUUUCAAAGAGGUUCGUUGCCGCCAGGAUGGCAUGCUGUUGAACUGCCGAGAAAAAAAAACAAAAAAGAGCUUCAUUCUGUGGUGUAUUCGAUGUUGACAACCAGUGGAGUGACUGAUAAUGUGUGCGCAAUGUAUUCUCCUCUGCCGAAAUUUUAUUACUGAACAGAAUGUGUGCACAAUGUAUUCUUCUUUGCCGAAAUUUUAUUACUGAACAGAAUUGUCUCCAGAACAUGUACAUACACAUGCAAGCAAGUAGUAUUCCUAUAUAUUUCUCUUUUCAUAUACAUACAUACAACAAACAAUCACACAUGUGCCACAUAUAAAGAGACCUUUUGUGCCUUACAACAGAUGAGCGUGUAUUUUUGUUGCGUGUUACAGUAGUGCCACAGAGUUUAAAAGGUUGUUCCUGUGUUCUCUUUUUUUUUUAUCAUUUCGAGAUAGAUAAUAUACUUAAGAACGGCAUCACGAAGACAUGUACAAACAGUUGUAUACGUAACGAGGACAGUGCCUCAUGUGGUAAGCUGCAGAUUAAUGUUUUUUUUUUUCCAGAAAGCUAUUUGAAAUGCACAACCUGUGCUAUUUGCGAAAUUUCGAAUUUCUCUUGCAAGAGAAUUAGCAUCCAAGUGACAGCCACUGAUGAUAGCAAUCGGAACUGCAACAAGGCGAUCAGCACUGCAGUGGCCAAUGAAAUGAAAAAAAAAAAAGCUUUUUCAAAUUUGUUUUGAGCCUCUGUGUAUCAGUGACAAAUUACAGCCUUGCAGUUUUUUUUUUUUUUUUGUAGCUUCUCUUUUCAUUGCUGUCUGAAUGUCGUGGAAGAACAGCUUAGCAAAGUAUUUUUUUCUUUUACGAUUAAUGACUAGUAAAGUGGAAUGGCAAGAAACUCCUCCACUUGACAAAUCUGCAGCUAACUUUUGAAAAGAGUUUGGGAUCUUACGCUGAAUCAAAUCACGUAUGCAAAGGUCUGUGUGUCGUGAUGGUUUUGGAACACGGAGAAUAAAAGCUAUGCAAUCAAUGCA